UGAGCAAUGGGAAUUUUCAAUAGCAAGGAAUGGAAUGAUAUGCUAGAAGUGACCAAUUCAAAUCCCUCUAAUUCUACUGUCACACCUAACAAGUACUUCAUUGGUAUUGAUCCACGUUCUCCAUCUGAAGGAUUUGACAGAACACCUAUACAGGUAGAACAAACUCCUACAUGUAAUAAAGAAAAGUUAACUUUACCGGCUUUGGAAAAAAUAAAGAGAGAAUCCUAUUACCAUAAUAAAGAAAAUUUUAACUUGUCAGAAGAUCCUAGAUCUCCUUCAAUCAAUGUAACUAGAACUCCAAUAGAAGAAAAUCCAGGCAA